AUGCCUGUCGUCAAAGGAGGUGUGUGGACAAAUAUUGAGGAUGAGAUCCUAAAGGCCUCGGUCUCAAAAUAUGGUCUAAACCAGUGGGCACGCGUAUCAUCUCUUCUCGCGCGAAAAACACCAAAGCAAUGCAAGGCGCGAUGGAGUGAAUGGCUCGACCCUGGUAUUCGAAAGAUCGAAUGGAGCAAGGAAGAGGACGAGAAGCUACUACAUCUCGCAAAGUUGAUGCCCACGCAAUGGCGCACUAUCGCCCCGCUCGUUGGUAGGACUGCUACCCAGUGCUUAGAACGAUACCAGAAGCUGCUUGACGAAGCCGAGCAGAAGGAAGCGGGAGAUCUGGGCUUGGGGGGGCCGGAUGGUGGGGAAACAAAGGCCCCGAGUGCGGAUGAUGUGCGACGGUUACGACCUGGAGAGGUUGACCCAGAUCCGGAAUCGAAACCUGCGCGUCCUGAUACAAUCGACCUGGAUGAGGACGAGAAGGAGAUGCUGAGUGAGGCUCGUGCUCGUUUAGCAAAUACACAGGGAAAGAAGGCGAAGCGGAAGGCUCGUGAGCGUCAGCUUGAGGAGUCUAGAAGAUUGGCUGUUCUGCAGAAGCGCCGUGAGCUUAAGAAUGCCGGUAUUAACAUCAAGGUGGUCAACCGGAAGAAGGGCCAGAUGGACUACAAUGCCGAUAUUCCUUUUGAGAAGGGCGCCGCCCCAGGUUUCUACGAUACGGAGGAGGAAGCAGGUCUUAACGAAAGGGAGCGCGAGGCAUUUGAUCCUCGGAAGCAACAACUUGCGAACAAGCGAAAAGGAGACCAUGACGAAGACCCAGAUCGAAAGAAGAGAAAGGGGGAGAAGGAGGCUCCGUCAGCGUCUUACACUGCAGCUAUCAAAGCGGGCCAGAUGCAGAAGAUUCGGGAGGCUGAGCAGAGCAGCAAGAGGAGAGCUCUGGUUCUGCCAACACCACAAGUCGGGGAGAGCGAAUUGGAAGAAAUCGUCAAGAUGGGAAUGAUUGGGGAAAGAGCCAACAUCAUGGCAAGAUCCAGCGAGAAUGAUGCGACGAGGGGUCUUGUCAACACAUACUCAACUAUCAACAGUGGCGCACCUAUUCGAACACCGAAAGCCCCAGCGCAGGAAGAUCAUAUCGCGAACGAAAUCCGGAAUAUCAGGGCUCUCACAGAGACCCAAUCAUCACUUUUGGGGGGUGAAAAUACCCCUUUACACGAGGGAGUUGGCAGCACGGGUUUUGAUAGUGUAACACCAAGAAAGCAUCAGAUGGAAACUCCUAAUCCUAUGGCAACUCCUUUCCGACAAACUAAUGGAGUGGGUGCUACCCCAAUGGGCCCUCCAGCGUUACCAGGUGCAACCCCAAUGCGCACGCCACGUGAUAGCUUUGCAUUGAACGCAAAUGGAGAGAUGCAGCUUGUUGGCAGUACACCUAGAGACGUCAAAUUGGCAGAAAUGGCAAUGAAACACAGAGUCAAGCAGGGUCUUGCCUCACUACCAAAACCGAAGGAAACGGAGUGGGAUUUGGAGCUACCAGAAGAACAACAAGAAUCUAUGGCUGUGGAAGAACUUUCAGAAGAGGAUGCUGAGAUUCGAGACCGGAGGAACCGUCAAAUCCGAGAAGCGCAAGAAAAGAUUGAGUUCAAUAGGAGAACUCAAGUCAUGCAAAAGGGUCUCCCACGAGCUUCGGCUGUCGAUAUUGAUGCCAUUAUCAAAAGUGCAUCAGAUAUAGCAGAUCCGGUACUCGGAGCCAUUGAGCGAGAAGCAGCACUCCUAGUAGCCAACGACGCCCACAGAUAUCCCAUCCCAGGCGCAAAAGUCCGAGGCACGCCCAAAACCCUCGACUCCUUCGAUGAUGAUGUCCUCGCCCAAGCCCGCCUGCAAAUCACCAAAGAAGUACCCCAAGAACUGGCCGAACAAGGCUCUGAUAUCUUCAGAGCAGCCUGGGCCCAGGCCCAAUCUUCAUCUCUCCUGCCAGGCCUCAGUGGCUACGACGACGACGAAACCGACGAGCAGCAAAUACUCAGCGAAGCUUUCGAAGACAUACAAAGCUCCAUCACUGAAACUGCAACCGCGGGUAAUAAAGCCGAGAAGAAACUAGCUUUGCACUUGGGCGGAUACCAGCAGAGAGCGAAAGUACUACGAGGCAAGAUCGUAGAGGCUGCAGAUGCUCUGAGUAAGGCUACGUAUAGCUUAGACAGCUUCAGAACGCUGCAGAUUAGCGAGGAAGCUGCGAUCAAGCGGCGUUUGGAAGGCCUGAGGGAAGAGGUUGGGUUUGUGAGUAAGAGGGAGAGAGAGGCGCAGGAUCUGUAUCGGGCGAGGAGGGAGGAGCUGACUAGUUUGAUGAACGUUAAUGGUGCUAAUGGGUAUCAUUGA